UCGGUUUGUUAGAGAACCGAUAAGAUGUUUUAAACACGCCUUUGUAGACAUCGUACAGUCCAACCAAAGCUACGCCGAUAGCAUGGCUGUAUUGUUUCCUGAUUGACACCUCGAUGCUAUGCUAGUUUGCGGGUAUCAUAUUUGCUAAUAGAUGUAAUCAAUAUGCAGCGAGAUCAUUUAAAAAGAAAACAGAGCGCUGUUUAAAAGGCUCGCUGGUCGGCGUUUGUGUUACAUUGGACUAUUGUUUCGGGAAAUUGGAUACUAAUUGGACGUUUAGCCAAAGUAAUACAUCCUCUAACAGUUUAACACCAUUUGAGAUUUAAAUAUUUGCAAGAAAAUACCAGCGAAGUUUUGAAUUUGUUCAAUACGUUGGGAAAAUGGUAUACUUGUUUUCGUGUUAAAAUAAAUUAUUUAAAACAUACAACGGAAACGAUCAUGACCGAUCAAGGUGUUUAAAUACUUCGGGCAAAAAAUAUCGUUGAGAGAUAUUUGUGGUGGUCGCCGCCAUGAGCGGACUGUCGCUCCCGCCCGUCCGGGGCGCUAUGCCCAUGAGCGGACUGUCGCUCCCGCCCGUCCGGGGCGCUAUGCCCAAGGUACACAGCAUGCCAAAUAUGCAAAACAUGCAUCGGUCGCGACCCAACAGCGGAAGUAGCGACGCAGGCUCCACGGCAUCCACGUUCCUGCCGCAGAUGUAUUACGAUGGCUGCACAUUCGCCACCUCGCGCAGUAUCAACACCCCUCGCAGCUUCGCUAGACUUCCAGCCAUUGGUCGCCAGGGAAAGUCGCGAGCACAUUCAGAGAUCCACACCAAGUAUUCUGCUAAAUACAGGAGCACUCCAGAUCUCAGGACGAGGCUCAGCGCCAACUCGCCCUUCCUGCCCAAGGCUGCGACAGAAGACUGCCUCAAGUGUUUGUUGAAAAUACCACACAAGAAAUGCGAGUCGCACAAGUAUAUCCGAGUGGGUGGAGGCUAUCGCCAUGGUUACUGGUACGUGAAGUGUCUGCUGGAGGAGCUGGAAUUACAGCGUCAAAGGGAACUGAUUGCUCAGAAGAGGCUGGAAGCUAUCACAGAAAAACAGGUAAAGGCCAUCAAAACGUAUAUCCGUACAAAGAGUGGACGCUUGGUGGAGCGUAUUAUAUUCCUCUCUGAUGAGGAUUAUGAGGCGUUCAAGGCGGGGAAAGGGGCCGACAUCCUAAAGAAAUACCUCACGAAGGAGGAGGCUGAAGGACUUGAGUCAUGGGACAAGGACGAAGUGAAGGCUAUUAAAACAUAUGUUAGAACGAAAAGUGGCAGACUUAUUGAGAAGAUUAUGUAUGUAUCGAAAGAGGAUUAUGACGCCAUUACUCAAGGGAAGGUUGACGCUAAAGAGCUUCUCAAGAAGUACGUGAAAGAGGGGGAGACCGUGGAAGAUUGGGGCGAAGCUAAGAUGAAGACAAUAAAGACUUACGUGAGAACGAAAAGCGGUCGGUUAAUUGAAAAGACAAUAAUGAUAUCACAAGAGGAUUACGAUAAAAUGAUUAAGGAAGGCAUAAACCCAGCUGAUAUUAUAAAGAAAUAUUUGCCGCUUGGUGAAGGCGAGACAGUGGAGGGAUGGGAGAGUCAGGAACCAAUGAAGGCAAUCAAGAUGAUGGUGCGGACAAAGAGUGGAAGACUAAUAGAAAAGACUAUUAUGGUCCGAGCAGAUGAGUAUGAUAGACUCAUGGCCGGUGGUGCUGAUGCCAAUGAACUGCUAAGUAAAUACCUCGGCGAGGAAGGCGGUACAGUCGAAAGCUGGGAGAAGGCAGAAGGUAAACCGAUGAAAGUAAUCAAAACGCUUGUGCGAACGAAGAGUGGAAGACUAAUUGAAAAGACGGUGCUAUUAACUGAAGAGGAAUAUGCAGCGUUUCAAGCUGCGGGAGGGGACCCGAAAUUCUUAGAAAAGUUCAUGAAGCUGGGAAAAGGAGAGAAAAUCGAAGACUGGGAGAAAGCUUCCACUGUGUUCGACGACGAUGAUCCGGAAUUGGAAUUAGCCAAGGCGGGACAACGUAUUGUUGGCAAAGACGGUACAGUGUAUGAAGUAGUUGUAGAUCCUCUUACUGGCAAGAAAUACAAAAAAAAGAUUGGCCAAGAGUCCGAUAUAGACAGUGGAAUAGCUUCCAUGCAAAAGGGUAAGAAGGGCGGCAAGAAGGGAGAGAAAGCCGGUAUAGAAGAAGAGACUGCUGACGAUCGUAAACGACGAAAGGAGGGCAAACGUAACGCUGACAGUGAUAGUGAAUACAGCUACAAAAGUUUCGUUAGCGAGGGAGGUACGCGUCACGUUCAGAGACGUCGUAAACGCGCCGACGGGACUUACAGUGCCGCUGAAUCGUACCACAGCAGUCAGGAUGAAGAAGGUGCGAAGCGUCGACGUCAGCGACGUCGUGAACGAGAGCACCUUAACAGCGCACACAGCUAUUUUAGUGUGGUCAGUGCGGGUGGUACUCGGCACGUUCGCAGACGUCGUAAGCGUGCGGAUGGAACGUACAGCGAUAGUGAAAGUUACCACAGCGCUGACAGUGAUAAACCGGGUGGACGUUUAGCGGAAAAGAAAAAGAAAGAACAAGCGGCGAAAGAGGCGAAAGAAAAGGCGGCGAAAGAGGGGAAGAAAAGUAAAAAGAAGCGUGGAGGUAGUGGAAGUGACUACAGCUACGAGAGCGAAGUCAGUGAAGGCGGUACACGAACAGUUGUAAGAAAGAAGAAGAUUCGAGACGCACAGGGUAAUGUCAUAGGAUACGGUGAAAAAGAAGUUUUCUCCGAGACAGAUGACGAAAGCGUUUACACCGAGGUGUCGGAUGGAAAAGGUGGAAAGGUGCUGGUCAAAAAACCUAAACUAACAAGCAAAGAAAAACAGGAGGCUAAGAUUAAAGCUAAAGCUGAAAAGAAAGCCAAAGAACAGAUCGAGCAAAUAAAGGGAGGCAAAUUCAAAGACGUGGGCGAUUUUAGUGAUUCCACCGUGUCGGAUGAUGUGGAUCUCGAAAAUAUGACAGAGGAAGAGAGGGAGGCCUACUUUAAGGCGAAAGAAGAAAGAAAGGCGGCAAGAGAGGCCAAGCGCCGUGAGAAAUAUGGCGACAAAUACGACCUCAUGGUGGAAAAGAAAAAAGAGUUGAAGAAGCUGCAGAAACUGCAGGAGAUGAGAGAGAAAGGUCUUAUAAGUCCCUCCAGUGACUGGUCCAUCGACUCCGAUACCGGGGAACCCGUUAGGAAGUCGAAAAAGAAAGAGGAAAAGAAACAGAAGAUCCUCGCAGAGCUCCGAGAGAAAGGCUUGAUCAGCCCGUCCAGUGACUGGACCGUGGACUCGGAGGGCAACCCAGUGCGAAUCAGUGAGCUUGUGAAACAAGGUAAACGGAAGCCAAAGGACGGACACGAGGCAGAUGACGAAAGCGACGAGAGCGAAUACGACCCUGUUACGGGCAAAAAAAUCACUAAGAAGGAUAAGAACAAAACACAUCGCCCUGGCCAGGAGGGACCGGAAGGCUAUGAAUAUGAAUACGACGAUCAAGGCCGCGUGAUAAAAAAGAAAAAGAUUGGUGGAAAGGAUGACGACAGUGGCUCGGAAUACGAGUACGAAUAUGAUGCUGAUGGUAAUGUGCGAGUAGUCAAGAAACAAAAAAGUGCCAAAAAGUUUGGAGGUCAAGAAGACGACGCCCAAUUCGAAGUAGGAGCAGACGGCAAGAUCCGUCUGAGAGACGGAAAGAAGAAAAUAGAUCUUUCCAAGCUUACUGACGAUGAUUUAAGAAAACUGGGCAUUGAUCCGACCCUUGAUAAGAAGGAAAUCGCGCGUUUGCUGAAAGAAAAGUUUGGAGACGACAUUCACAUCACGGAGGGUGACAAGAUCAUUCCCACUCGACGUGCAAGCGACUUUGGGAGCGAUGCCAACACAGAUGAUCUUGCCGAUGCUGAGGACUUAGAUAUUGAUUCAUUGAGGGGCGUCAAAAAGGUAAACGUUCUAUGGAAGAAAAAAGGGACUGAGCUACAAAUACAUAUGAAAAAAAUCUUAGAGCAAAGCAAAUUAAAGGAAGAUGACUACGCAAAAGAUCUGGAUGAAAAAGAUGCCGACAUCGACUUCCUAACUCACUACAAGCUGGUCGACCCAGGGUUGAUAGAGUCCUACGCAAGGGCCUUCGUAGUUGAGGAUAACGACUUUGACACAGUCAUAUCAGCUAAGGAAACACGUCAAGCCCUGGAAGGGGUUCCCAGCGUUCAACAGUUGACACCAAAGCAAUUUGAAUAUGUAUUUAAAGUACUGAAGAUUGACGACGCGUCUCAGGUGACCUUCCGGAUGUUUGCUGUCAUAACGGCGCUUUGUGAGAGAGUCACCAAAAUGGACCCUCUCAGCAAAUACCUUCUAGAAAUCAGUGACCUCCUUGACAUACAGAGAAAAAUGGAGCUGUACAGGGCGAUGUUUUACUGUAACACGGAGUCGGACAGGGACUCGAACUUCAUCAAGGCAGAGUCCCUGAGAAUAGAGCUUAUCGCUGGCGGUCUAAACUGGAGACAGCAAGACUUUAUCAUGGACAGGCUGCAACCAAAUGCUUUCAUGGAGAUAUCCUUCUUGGACUACUUGUGUUACGUGCCAUUGUUCUUGUCCAUGCACGAGAAUAUCGUGGAGAACCCGCUGGAUAUGCGCGAUGACAAGUACGAUCGCAUGCUGCGGAAACCGUCCGGCGGUCACCGGCAGAGGGACAUGAAUCCGUUAGGACACCAUUUGAAGAAAGCGUCCGUCUUCCAGUUAAGAAGUCAAGCACAAGAUCUCCUGGACGGUAAAAUAGACCCAAAGGACUUGAAGGACGACCAGCGAAAACUGUUGGAAAAAGUUGCAACGUUACCGAAACUAAUAGAAGACGAGAAGAUUGAGAUCAAAUCAGACAGUCCCCCUCCGAUGAUUUGGGGUAAGAAAAAGGGAGGAGCCGGGAAAACGGAGAAGAUCGGAAGUGCGGCUAAAAAGGCCGCUGCGGCUAAAAAAGCCGCUGCCGCAAAAAAACUGAGCAAGAUGACGAAGGGAGAGAAAGAGCAGUACCGGAAGGGGAAGCGGGACCCAGACAGCGAGAGCGAGUUCAGCUACAGAAGUUACGUGAGCGACGGCGGGACCCGUCACGUUGCUAGGAAAAGGAAGAGGGAGGACGGCACGUACAGCGCGGAGCACUCCUACCACAGCAGUCAGGAUGAAGGCGGCGAAGAACGCCGACGCCGUCGCCGUCGGGACAGGGAACACGGAGCCGACAGCGCUCACAGCUACUACAGUGUAGUAAGUGAAGGUGGGACACGGCACGUCAGACGCCGUAAACGUCAUGAGGACGGCACGUACAGCCGAAGUGAGAGUUACCAUAGUGAACGCGAUGACAAAGAUGACAAAGAUGAUGUCAGUGAAGGGGACUCGGAUGUCAGUAUAUUCAGCGUGGUAAGCGAGGGAGGGACCCGCCAUGAGAUGCAGAAGAAGCGCAUCAGGGACGCCGACGGCAACGUCAUAGGCUACGGUGAAGCGGAACCGGCCAAGAGGAAAACCUCAAACGCUGGGGAUGCUGGAUCAGACAGGGACAAGAACGAGGCUCUUACCAGCCUCCAGCAGAAGCGCAACGGAGAGCUGCUAAGGGAGGCAACUACAGACAGCUUGAGCAACCUGCGACAAGAGGGCGAGACGCUGGUACCGCCUAAUCCGGAAUGGCCCGGCGAGGGUUUGGCAGACACAGAGAAAAAGAUCCUGGACGAGGAAGAGGCGAAAAUUCCGUCAGACUUCAGUGACGCUACCACAGAGGACGAUAUAGACCUUUCCAAGUUGACGCCGGCGCAACGACGUCAGUAUCUGGCGGAGAAAGAACGCCGACGUAAAGAACGCGAGGAGAGACGUCGGGAAAAGUAUGGCGAUAAAUAUGACGAAAUCAUGAAGAAAAAGAAUAGCAAAAAGUACGACGAGUUAAGGAAGAAGAUCGAGGAGAGGGAGGCGGAGGAGAAGGAACGCAAGGAGAAGGAGCAGCGCGAGAAGCCGCCCACCAGCCGUCGCCCUAGCCUCGCGUCCAGCGUCAAGGGUGGUCAAGGCGGGCGUCCUAAAUCCAUGGUUACGUAUGACAAGGGUCCACCACGUGACCUUGGCCCCAACAAGGAGGACAAGCGGGAGAUAGGGCUCGCUCACAACGAAUGGGGCCCGCGCGAUAAAAGGCAAAGAAAAGGAAGUGAUGCCAGUGAUGUCAGCGAGACAGCCCCGAAGCUGCACCGAGAGACGACCAUGUUAAAGCCCCUCCCGACCAUACCACAGGGCCGCGUACUUGAAGACGAAGAAAUUGAGAGGGAGAGAUGCAAGAAUUAUUCAGAGGAUGAGAGUAACGAGGAAGAUGUGAAGGAAAAGACGAAAGUGGAGGAGCCUCCAAAACCAGUAACAGGUGGAACAGAGAUUUUUGAAAUUGGAGCGGACGGCAAAAUAACUUUGAGAAAUAACACGAAGAAAAUAGACUUGAGUAAAAUUACCAGAGAGGAGUUGCUUGCUCUUGGUAUAGAUCCGAAUUUGUCAGAGAAAGAGAUUGCCAAACGUCUUAAGGAAAUAUUUGGCAAUGACCUCGUUAUUACCAAGGACGGCGUAACCAUAGGAACGAAAGGUGUCCACGAGUAUAGCCGAACCGUUAGCGACGACACUUUAGCAAGGGAUCCCAAUCUGGACGUUGAUUCACUGACGGGCCUGCGGCGAGUGAAUGUGAUCAUGAGGCGGGGAGGGCAGGCCUUGCAGGAGCAUCUCGAAAAGGUCAUCAAGCUGAGUCGCCUUGUCGACGAGUACGCCAAGGACCUCGAUGAGCGAGCGGAUAUCGACUUCCUGUCCCACUACCGCCUGGUGGACCCCUCCAAGAUUGACACGUACGCCCGGGCGUUCGUCGUUGAGGACGGAGAUCUCGACACCGUCAUCAACCAACACGAGGCCAAGAUCGCUUUAGACGGCGUUCCGUCCAUCCAGCAUAUGACCACCAAGCAGAUGGACUACGUGCUGCGCGUGCUCAAGAUUGACGAGGCGACGCGACUGACCUUCAGAAUGUUCGCCGUCGUGACGGCGUUGUGUGAGCGCGUCACACACAUGGACUCCCUGAGUCAGCGCCUGCUGGAGAUCUGUAACCUCGCCGACAUCGAGCGGAAGUUGGACCUGUACAAGGCGAUGUUCUACACGAACACGCAGUCGGACCGGGACGCCAACUUCAUCACCUCCGAGUCGCUCAAGAUUGAGCUGAUCGCUGGCGGCCUGAACUGGAAGCAGCAACAUUACAUCAUGGAGAAAAUGGAGCCCAACGACUUCAGAGACAUUUCGUUCCUGGACUACAUGUGCUACAUACCCCUGUUCCUGUCUAUGCACGACAACAUCUGCCUGAACCCCCUGGACAUGUCCAGCGAGAAGUACCAGGCCCCGCCCCGACAGCGGCCUCCCUCCGUGCAGCGAGACAUGAACCCGCUCGGCUCCAGUCUGACCAAGCAGUCGGCUUAUUGGACGCGGAAGCGCGCCAUGGAGCUGAUGACGUCAAACAACAACGCCGUGCAGGUUUCAAAGAGCUACAUGGACAUCCUCAGCAAAUACAAGACAGAACGAUAUACCAGCAUGCGGCGGUUUGACGACCAGCGUGCGAAGCAGAUGUCCCUGAAGGAGACGACAACCGUGUCGCAGACUAGCUCAAACGACAGCGACAUGAUCUAUUGAUCACGUGGUUAGCGACGUGAACUACUUACCACGUGAAUAGUGACAAGAUCUAUCGAAUACGUGAUUAGCGACGCUAUCUUCUGACUACGUGAUUGUGUCAGACACAUGCAGUGUAGUGUUUGCACCAUCACGAGUAUUUCAGGCCGGUGUACAGCACGUUACAUGAGAGUUUUGACGUAUUGAUACAUACAAAGGAUGGGGGUUUGUCCUUAAUAAGGAACAGAUAUGAAUCUUGGGCUCGAGUUUUUACGUGUACAAGUGACUGUAGCUCCGAAGCUCCGUAAAGAAUUCUUCCUAUGUAAGCACAGUGUGACAUUUAUUUAAGGUCCAGAAUGGAUAACGCUGAAAUUUUGCGGGCAAACACUUGCAUUGCAAAUCUUGUUAUAUCCACUAACCAAUAGCAAAACUGUUUAUAUUUACGCGUUUCUGUUUGGAAGGCUUUUUUCGGAUGUAUUUGAGACAGUUGAUUGCAUUGAAUAACAAUGCGCUAGUUAUUACAGGUAAAAUGUCGAUACUUUUUCAUCCCAAUAAUUGUUUUGACAAAAAUUUACUUAUUGAUUAGUGGCAAGUACAUUUGUUUUUGAAACUUAAAUUAAUACAGUUGUCAUUUUUUUUUAUCUUACAACUGUGCAUCAACCGAAAAGAAAUUGUAAUCAGUAUUUAUAUUUGCACUGUUGAUAUUUGUUGACGAUGCGAUUAUAUUGUUUCUAUUGUUGCUAUAUUUUAUAACGUUCUAUAUUGUUUCUAUUGUUGUUAUGUUUUAUACCGUUGCCAUUGUGCUUUUUGUGUUGUUGAAUCAGUUACUUUGAUAAUUCGUAUUUUUCCUAUACAUAUCGUUUGUUUGCCCUUUCCAACAUAGCAACAGUAACACAUUUUAAAUUUUUAAUAAAUUGUAUUUACAAAUCAAUUUAUUUCAAUGGAAACAUACGUUUCAAUGCGUUGUUCUCGUUUGCUAAUCCAGUGUGUACGAUGCACGAUCAUGAAAUAUGAUCAUAUGUUUUGCAUAAACUCAAUACGAGUACUUCAAAGUUGAAGCAAAUAUAGGUUGCCUUAGCAAACUAAAUUUUAACCCAUACAUGCCUAGCGUCCUGAAAAAAGGACAUUGCAAACAGCGUAGAUCCAGAUGAGACGCCGCAUAAUGCGGCAUCUCAUCUGGGUCUGCGCUGUUUGCUUAAAUGAAUUUCUUUAUGAAAUAUUCUAAAUAUAGAAAUAAAUAUACUUGACAUCCCUAAUUUUGGAAAUAAAUUGAUCCAACUUAGAAGGAUGGGAGAGUCCACUGGGCAUAAAUGGGUUAAAUAAAUUGAGCUCAUGAUUUAUUCUAAAACACUAACUGAAAUAAAAUGUGCAAAAGAACAUACACAAAUGUUGUAUUUUCUAUAUAAUUUAGGUUUAUAAACUUUGUCGCAAGAAAAAUAAAGUAUUGUUUGAAACGUACACAUACAAGUUUAACAAAUUGUAUACUUUAAAUGUUGGUAU